GAAUGAGCUGCUGCUGGAUGUCCAAGCGGAAGAGACUUUACGUUUUUCACACUCAGCAGGAUGAUAUGUGCGGGUUUUAUAAACAUAUAUAUAACUGUCAGUCAUAACGAAAUCUGUCAUAAAGUAUAAAACCCCCUGGCGACGGGUCUGAAACCAUGACAAGAUGAAGCGAUAUGGAGAUGCCAUUUCAAUUCAUUACAGGCUAGUUGAAGCUAACGGUUAGCCGUGGUGUUAUUAUGAAGCUACGAGGGGAAAGAUGCUUAAAAGAGGAAAAAAGGUGCAGUACAAGUGUGAAAGGUACUCGGAGGCAGUGAGGAUGGUCACAGCCGGCUGAGAUUCACCCACUGACCCAGCAGGUACGAUACAGGUUGAACAGAGGCAGGAGCCAUGAAAGAAGAGGGCAGGGCAGCGUGUGGAGGUGAGGCUCUGUUUGAGGACCUGGACUUUCCCGCUGAGGACACGUCCCUGUUCUGUGACAGCUCCACGCCCAUCGCCAGGCUGCAGGGAGACAUCAGCUGGGGGCGCCCACAGGAGAUCUGCCAGUCGCCAGCUCUCUUCCCUGACAACAUCAGCCUGGGUCAUGCAAAACAAGGUUUAUUAGGAGAUUGCUGGUUUCUCUGUGCCUGCACUUUCUUGCUCAAGAACAAACAUCUACUGAACAAGGUGUUGCCUCCAGACCAGCCUCAGUGGGGUGACAGCAGGUACAGGGGCUCCUUUCAGUUUUGUUUGUGGCAGCAGGGACACUGGACAGAGGUGACCAUCGACGAUCGCCUGCCCUGUUUAAAUUCCACUCUGUGCUUCUCACGCUGCCACUCCCCCGCUGUCUUUUGGGUAGCCCUGUUGGAGAAGGCAUAUGCCAAGCUUCACGGCUCAUAUGAGCAACUGUGGGCCGGCCAGGUGUCCGAGGCCCUGGUGGAUUUGACCGGGGGCUUGGCGGAGCGCUGGAGCUUGGGAGACUUUCAGACUGAGGAGGAGCAGAGACCGGAACAGGACAGUGACCAGGUGAGGAGGAGAAGGCUGGACCUGAACCUUCUGUACCGAGUGAAAGACCAGUGUGCCAUCAGCUGCUCCACUCACAGCAGCCCUGGAGGUGCCAGUGAGCUGGGUCAGUACCAUGCACUGACUGUCAUGGAGUGGUUGGAUGUGAAGACGGUGUCAGGGAGCAAAGUACUGCUGCUCAGGAUCAGAAACCCCUGGGGAAGAUGCUGCUGGGGAGGGGCCUGGAUAGGAAGUGGUACCGGUUGGAGCUGCGUCGACCCUGUUUCUGCUUUGGACCUGCAAGCCAGGGUGGCCGAGGGCGAGUUCUGGUUGGAUGAGACUGAAUUCCUGUCCCAGUUUGAUGAUGUCACAGUGGGCUACCCCAUCAGUGAAGAGGGGCACCUAAAGAGCAUCUACACUGGAAAUCUGCUGACACACAACCAGCAGCUGGCUGGCCGCUGGAUGAAAGGGCACUCUGCGGGUGGGAGCCGAAACAGCAGCAUCUACGGCAGCAACCCUAAGUUUUGGCUCAAAGUGUGUGAGAGAGGAGAGGUGCUGGUAUCCCUGCUACAGCAUAGAAAAUGGAGGAACACAGAGAAAUACGCACAAAUGCCACUUGAGGAUAGCAAGAACACAAAGCACCAGCACUACCAGGCUAUCGCUCUACACAUGUGGAAGGUGGAGAAGAAGCGUUUUAAUCUCUGCCGGAUGUUGAACAAACCUCCUUGUGCUUCUACUCACUGCCACGCCUACGAGAGAGAGGUGGUCCUCCAUGGACAGCUGGAGCCCGGAUACUACCUACUGAUCCCCAGCACCUACCAGCCAGGAGCUGAGGCCCACUUCCUCAUCAGGGUCUUUUCUUCCUCUUCCACAUCCCUCAGUGCCCUGAAAAGCCCAGCACCUUCACUGCCAUUAACAACUGAUGGAGAGUGGGAGACCAGUUACUUCCGGGGCUCGUGGGUGGAGGGAAGGACGGCAGGAGGAAGCAGGAACUUCCUGUCUCACUGGCAGAACCCCUGCUUCCCUUUUACAGUGUGUGAUGAGUCAGCAGUGACAUCAGGAGUUAAUGUCAGGAUUACCCUGCACCAGAGCCGCCCUGACACUGAUCUGCACCCAAUUGGCUUCCACAUUUAUAAGUUCCCAGAGGGGGAAUCUGUGCAGACAUUACCCAGGGACGAGGAUCCUGUGGCCAGUUGUGUCCCUCACUGCUACACCCAGGAUGUCAGUCUGGCCUGCUGUCUUUCUCCUGGAGCUUACACCAUAGUGCCGUCCACUUAUCAGCCUGACUGCUCUGCAAACUUCACCCUCAGCCUGGCUCGCAGAAUACACAGGAAAGUGGUGAAAAGCCAAGAGAGGCUGGGAAGAGCCAUUCAGGAGAUCUCUCACAUCUCUGUGAUGCAAAGUUAGUUCUCUGGGACUGUUGCAGCUCCACUGACGUCGUCUCACCUCCCUGUGCCUCUUGGCCCAUGAUGAAAGAACCAGUUCUCCCAUCCACCCUCACCAUGGAGGCUGUAUGUGUGUGCAUGUAUGUGUAUGU